AUACAGUGUGGAAUCAAGCUGUAAAUCAAAAAAAAAAUAGGAUACAUGUUAUCUACAAGUUUGGUGUGCAGCUGCAACACAACACAUGAUAGUGUUGGUUUGAGUUUCAAAAGAAAGCCCCAGAUUGUUAAGUUAAAAGUCAGUUACCUGGAACACAUUUUGUCGAUCAAAGGACGUGUAUUGCUCAACAGUUUUCUCCGUGAUCCUUCAUCGCUGUAGGUAAAAGGAGAUGAAAAGGCUAACUGUCUUUGAUUUACCACAGGUGUUUGCUUUUUAACUCUUAUUGUUAGAUGGUACGGUGGGUUAAGUUAAAUCAAAUUUAGUGCCUAGAGUGUUAGGUAAUUAGGUUGGUAAGUAAAUCGAUGAGGUUGCUAGGUGCUACAUCUAUCGAGAUGACUAAGUUAUGUGUUACGCUUGUCUAGCCAUCGGCUUCCUCGACAGGUAAUGUUAUCCGACUCAUAUUAGAGAUGGUAAAAUCAUAACCUGGAGUGAAACCAUGAAGACUUAGCCAAUCCAAUAGGGGGAGGAGGUGUAGAUUACCUGAUUGAGUGGUGUUCAUGGGAUCAUAUGAACCAAUGAAGGCAUGAAGCAAUUGUUGAUAUGGUUCAAAAUCGUCGUUGUCAAUGGCUGGCACAGAUGCAUCCACUCCUUGGGAUUUAUCAUAUCCAAUCAAAUUUUAUUGUUCUUCGAUAUUACUAUUCUUCUUUUUGCCUCAUAUCUCUGUUCACUGUCUGUAUUUUGCAUUUCUCUUUACUUCUCUUGCUUUAUCUACCACUUGGAGUUUGAUGACUCGAACUGCUUUAUAUCAGUGCAAAGCUCUGUGUUGAAAUCAGUCAGUCCUGGAUCGGUGUCCUCAAGAUUCUAAGAACACCAAUCAAGGCUGAAGACAAUCGGUGAUUAUAUACCUGAAUAUUGAUAUAGACGCAUUCACUACUUCUUUUGAUUUGUCAUAUCCUCUUGAACCAUCAUGUUCUACCGUGUCACUAUUCUUUUUCCCACGUGCAUUUCUGCUUAUUAUGGCUCUUUUGAAUAUCAAUUUUUCUAUCCACCUUGUCUUUUUUUUGUGUACUACAUGGAGUGUUGUGGCAAGCUGACCUGCUGUACUUCUAUGCAGAGAUCUAUGUUGAAACCAAGUCAAUCAGACGCUCCUACAUUUAUUUAUCGAAAUUUAUUCAAUCUAUUGCAUACAUACACACACACCUUAAGUCACUUUUGUUGUAUGAUAUGUGUCUUUCCUCUUUCAUUGUAGAUGAUGGUUUAGUCUAUGUUGAUUUAAGUAGUGAUCCUACUUUGUUUCAAUCCCGAGGUGAUUAUCAAUUCGAUAUAUAUCGUCAUAUGAAAUCACAUAAUCGAAAUAUUUGGAGAAAGUUUUCACCGAAAACUAAUGUAAUGUGGUUUCACUGCCUAACAACAAAGCUAUGCUGUGAUUUGCCCGAACUACCCUCAUCAUGUGCUGCAUCCACUUGUUAUGUAGUGGUCGAGAAUUUACUAGUCCUGACGCAAGAAAGACGGAAAUCAGAAGACCACUAG